UUCACACUCGAACAUUCGUCGCUGAGGCAACAUGGCGAACGCCGGCAGAGUGACCGUUGACGGAGGAGACAUGAUGCGAUAUGCUGAAUAUACUCCUAAAGCAAACGUUAGGAGCGACGCAGAUCUAGACAGACGGCUGGGAGGGACUCUGAUUGCAGUCGGUCUCGGUGUGGCUGCUGCAGGUUUUGCAGGCCGCUAUGCAUUCCAGCUGUGGAAGCCUCUUGGACAAGUUUUCUCUGAAACUUUCAAAAAAAUGCCCACAUCCGCUUUCUCAGCAUAUUACAAAGGAGGUUUUGAGCAGAAGAUGUCCAAACGAGAGGCCAGCCUCAUUCUUGGCAUCAGCCCAGCCAGCACUAAGGCCAAGGUACGUGAUGCCCAUCGGAGGAUCAUGGUCCUGAACCAUCCAGAUAAAGGUGGGUCACCAUAUCUCGCAGCGAAGAUCAACGAGGCCAAAGACUUUUUGGACAAGGAGAUCAGACAAUGACCUGCACAGUUAAACACUUUAAAGACCUCCAUCAUGUGCAUGGUCUCAGCUCUGUAGUGCUGCUCCAUCGACAAAACCAACAUCAAGGCAUCCACUCUGGCUCCUGGAAGCAAAAAAUUAUACUUUCAUGACAUUUCCCUUCAUAACAUCGUUAUUUAACUGAACUUCAACUUAAUUUGUCAACACUGUGAACAUACAUAUGUAUGUCAACCAAGAGUGAAAGAUUGAAUGACUUGACUUGUCAUUUUGAAAACUAGUUUGUUUUUCAUAGAUGGCAUGGGUGUGUAAGAAGUUGCCUUCUAGUGGUAGCUGUUCAACAAGAAAUAGCUUGUAUAAAGUUUUAUUAUGUACAAAUGGAGGUAUACCAAGGUAUUAUGUAAUCUAUUUAAUGAACAAGGGAAUAAUACAUUGAAAUAUUUCCGUGUUUAAACAGUGGAAGUGGUAAAAAGCUUUUUUAAAUAAACUUAUUUGAAAACA